AAUGCGUCUUUCCAUCUAUUGACGCAUUAUUAGGACCGAAUAUUCGACAAUCGCAACGUGGAGAAUUUCCUUUCGUAGUAUCCAUGAUAAAAUUGAAUUUUGACAAUCCCAGGCCUGUAGAAAAUCAUCUCUGUACUGCAGCGCUCAUUUCAACUCAGCAUGUUUUAAGUGCAGCAACAUGUACCAACGAUAGACUGAGUAAUGAAACUCUUAUCCUUCUCGGGGACCGUAAUUUAAACAACUGUAAUAUUUACAGUAUAUUGUGGUGGAUAAAUUAUGAUGCAUGGAGUGAAUUUAAACGAGUACCCCGUUUAUAUUUUGUAAAUGAUAUCAGUAUUUCGAAGUUGCUUCGACCAGUAGAACAUGAUAUUGUGCCGGGAGUUCUCUUAUAUAUGCCGAAUGAAAAUUUGGAAGCUAGUAGUGCUCAAGUGGCAGCCUGGGGUGCAAACAAUCAUCAUAUAAUAACUCCUUAUAUGUUAACGUCAACUGUCAGAUUCUUGUCAAACAGUAAAUGUCAAAGUAAACUCACAAAAUUGGAAAAAUCAUUUGUACUUGUGCAUGAAAGAUUCUUUUGUACCAAUGCACAUCCAUAUGUAAUAUUAUUUCGAGGUGAUUUUGGUGGACCACUUAUAUACCGAAAUCGAAUAAUUGGUAUCAAUAAAGAAACUCUUCCUCAAAUGGAUGGUAAUUUUCACCCAAGCAAAAUCAACAUCCACACGAGUAUUUUCCCCUACAGACAAUUCAUUGAAGAUGUUACAAGCAUCGAAUAUAAUUUGAAAAGCGUAAAUGCCAUAAUUGGAAAUAAUGUAAGACAAGUAAAUACAGGAGAAUUCAAAUUUAUCGUCUCUCUCAUGAAAAUAAACAGAGCGAAUUCUAUACCAAAUGAAGCCCACUAUUGUACGGGCUCACUUAUUACAAGAAAAGAUGUUUUAAGCUGUGCUCAUUGUUUAGACGAAGAAGAGUUAGAAAGUUCACAAGUACUCAUUGGAUCAAGUGACUUGAGGUUUGGCGAAAUGUUGUACAUUUACUGGUGGAUAACGUAUGACCAAUGGGGCGACAGUGGAGGUCCGCUUUUGAGUAUGGGUAUGGUUAUUGGCGUCAAUACAGCUACCGUACCAGUGACGGUUAAGGUGCCUCAUCCAGAUAAGGUCAACGUUCAUGCUGGUAUCGAAUACUACAGAGCGUUUAUUUUGGAAGCCAUAGGUAGCAGUUUUGUAUGGUCUUGA